AUCAGCAACACCUGAAUUUGCAGGUAGAAACGAGUUUGAGUUGGCUGAACGAACACGGAACAGAUCGAGGCAGUCAAUACUACUACUAGUCUUGACCCCGAACAAAUCCCCUGCCUAUCAUUUCUUACUGUUGAAGAUGAUGGCGGCAGAGAAGGCAAGCAUAGAUGGCCGCGCGGAACGGCGCACAUGCUCCUAUGAGAAUCUUUCAUCACGCUUUCUAACGCAGAGCAGGACGUUUUCCCAGCAGUAUUCGCAGAUCUACUCUGUGCGACUGAUGGAGUUGAAACCUAUGUUGGAGGCGACUGUGCGUAGGAAAUGGGGCAAUCGCGUGAAGAUCCUGCCGUUGAUGGCGGUGAAGAUCGGACAAGAAUGCGUGAUCAUGGGCACAGUUUUCAAGAAGAUGGUCCUCAAGCCGAGCAUCUUGAAAGAAAUCAGCGACGAGCAAAGUCUACUGCCACCACCGUAUCGGGAGAAGUUUGCUGACGAAACAGACUCACUGGUGCUGGAGGAUGCAUCACAGCGCAUUUCGCUGACCGGCGCAAUUGACCCGCAGACUGCUGUGACUGGUGCUGUACUUGCUGCUCGCGGUGUUGAGUUGCCCAACGGUCAGUUUGAGGUUGAUGACUACACCUAUUGCGACAUUCCUCCGCAACCAACAGUCACAUUGGACGAGGACAUGACAGCUCCUCCUGAUAAGUAUGUUAUGAUGGUGUCGGGUAUGUCCGUGGGAGAGGACACUGCCGAUCAGCUUGCCUUGCAACUCUUCCUCGACCUUGUCACUGGACAGCUUGGCAGCGAUGAGGAUAGCCAGCUCUACUCUCGUGUUGUACGUGUGAUCGUGGCCGGCGACUCAAUAUGUAACUCUCGGAAAGGAGCAAAUGAGUCAAAGCUGCUUACAAGAAAGACGGACGCCGGCUCCACGGUGUUUAUGCCCGAAGUCGAUCAAUGUUUGGCUCAGCUAGCUUCCAGCGUUCCUACAGACGUGAUGCCAGGCCGUCACGACCCGUGUAACUACACGAUGCCACAGCAGCCCAUGCAUCGCUGCAUGUUCCCCAAGGCUAGCUCCUUUGCCACGUUCCAGUGCGUCAGCAACCCGUAUGAUUGCCGUAUUGGCGGCGCACGGUUCCUUGGCUCGUCUGGUCAAGGAGUUGACAACAUCUUCAGUUACUCAACGUACGACGAUCGGCUAUCUAUCCUGGAGCAGACGCUACGUUAUGGUCACAUUCUGCCCACUGCUCCGGACACGCUAGGGUGCUAUCCUUUCUACAAGUCUGACCCGUUCAUCAUCAAGGAAUGCCCGACUGUGUUCUUUGCUGGCAGCCAGAGCAAGUUUGACUACACGGACAUCAUCGGCUCUGACGGACAGCGCGUGCUGGUCGUCCUGGUUCCGCGGUUUGCGGAGACCUCCUCUGCCGUACUCAUUAACCUCCGUACGCUGGACUGCCAGGAGAUCCACUUCUCCACACGGUUACGUCUGGCCGACGAUGCCAAGGCGAGCGGCGCGUCAGGCAACACCGGUGAUGACGACGACGAAGCCAUGGAGUACAAUAGCGACAACGGUGGCGACGACGAUGCCACUGCGUGUGGAAAUGCAGACGCGGUAGCAGCAUCACAGCUCCCCGGCGGUGGUGGUGGUGUGGGUGAACAGCUCGGCGACGUCAAGGACUUGGACAUGGACAGUCCCGUCGACUCGCAGAAGGUGCUCGUGUCGUCGCCGAAUAAGGAAGGCAUGGACCUCGGCUGAGACGGUUGUCUCGACGUAGCGGUAGAUGUUCUGAUCAUGGCGUUUGGCUGUUUUGGACAGCUGCCUGUGCACGUUUCUGGUAGUUGAUCUUCAUUGCCUCUUGCACCUAGGUCUGCUGCGUCUGGGCAUCAUUUCUUGAGUGCCGUUGCUGGGCAUCAUUUCUGGAGUGGCAUUGCUGGGCAUCAUCUCUGGAGUGCCGUUGCUAGCAUAGUCGAUCAUGUGACAACGCUGAACGCUGUGAUGUCAUGACCUGUGUGAUUCAGCGCUGCUGUCAAUCCUCACCGGGGGCUGUGUUUUGCACACUGUCUUAUGUGAGUAUGCCUAGCUCUUAGCCAACGUGUUGAGUUGAUCCCUGUGCUCAUGAUGUCAUCCGGCCAGUUCUCUUUGCUCAUGAUGUCAUCUGGCCAGUUGUUCUCUGUGCUCAUGAUGUCAUCUGGCCAGUUGUUCUCUUUGCUUGUUGACACCAAAUGCUACCCCUGCUGUGCGGCUGCGGAGAGUUUUCCCGUUGUGCAUGCGCACGCGCACACGGCGACGCGUGGCACUGUCAUCACCUGCGGUGUACGGGCUGCACUGCUGUGCUCUUUACCGCGUCAUGAUGCUUAUCUCACUUCAUCUUCUGUGCGGUUAGGUGCAUGCGCACAUGUGUGUGUGUGUCUGUGUGUGUGCUGUGCUGUGCUGUGCUUUGCUGUGAGUCAUCCUACUAGCUGCCAAGGGCUCUUCUUGCACUUCAUAAUCCUGCCCACUGCCGCGCCUCUGCGGACCGUAGGCACGCACUCUUUUUUUAUUGAUUUUCUUUCCAAGUGUAUGCCAGCAUAUGUACAGAGCACGAGGGAUACACACCUGGUGUGUAAGGAGUGCUAUGUGCAGACCAUGUACACUUGUGCAGUAUUACGGACAUUGUACAGCUGUGUGCCUUGCACCACUGUUCCUCUCUGUCCAAUAGCCAACAGGUGUAUUCUGCUUUGUGCUGGAGACUUGCAGCCGACCGUGUUUUUAUUCUUUGGUGUAUGUACAUGUAUGCAAUGCUCCCCCCCCCCCCCCUCCGUGAUUUUUCUUUCAGUAUAAUGAAAUAAGCUACGUGUAGGCUGCUCACCCUUGCACGUGUCCCGCAGGCCGGGAAACGGGAGCGGUGGUGGUUGAACGAGUGGGCCCGCGGCCUGCCAACGUCCAGGUCUUGCCGUGCACGGCACUCGCUUUCGGUACAAUGUUGGAAGAUGUCGCAUGCUCAUCCGUACCACUGCCGCUCACUCACUCACUGGCGGGGAGGCAGGACCAGGUACUGCCACCCCUGCGCCGGCCCUUGUCUCUCUUUGCUUGUAUUUUUAUUUUAUUUUUUAUCUCUGUAGUUACCUGCUAGGUUUUUUUUAUCUUGGUUUGAAUUUGUGCUACAGUGUACAGUGAUAUAGCUUUGCUGUCCAGUGCUAUGUAGUCAUGGUAUUAAACCCCUCUGCUUGGACAGCUUGUUUUGUCGUUAGUACUCGUUAAUAUAGUAAUGUGGCGUGGAGGUGCUCUUCAAGACGAGCUUGUCCACAUCCGGGUUUUUUUUGUUUCCGUGGGAGUUGUGCGAAAACUA